CCGUGUUCUCCACAUGAUACGUCGCUUCGUCGCAAGGGCAAGCGCGGUGCAACUCGUGGCCGCCGCAGUUCUCCUGCCGCUGCCAUAACCAAAACCAGUCUACGCGUGAGUGAAAAGGUUGUGGCCGUUGACCAACCAUGUCCAUCGUGCUGUACCAGCUGAACGCUAGUCCACCAUGCAGGGCUGUUAGAAUUGUCGCCAGGUUGGUUGGUAUCGUGCUUGAACUGAAAGACGUCAAUGUCCUGGCCAAAGAACAGAUGGAAGAUUCUUUUCUAAAGCUAAACCCUAUGCACACCAUACCAACAUUGCAAGACGACAACUUUGUGCUGUGGGAAAGCCGCGCAAUCAUGCGGUACCUGGUGGACAUGUAUGCACCUGACCACUCGCUCUACCCCAAGGACGUCCGGAAGAGAGCCCUGAUUGACCAGUUCCUUGACUACGACCUUGGCACAUUUUAUCGCACAGUUGCCGAUUACUUUUACUCUUACCUGCUCAAGGGUGAACCUAAGUGUGAGAAGAAGGAAGAGGCCUUCCGCAACAGCCUGCGUUCUAUGGAGCAUUUGCUCGGAGACAAGCCCAGGCGCUUCCUCACUGGGUCACAAAUGACCCUUGCAGAUGUGGCACUCAUGGAGUCCCUCACAGUUCCUGAGACGAUGAACUACGACCUGUCGCCCUUCCCAAGCGUUAAAGCAUGGUACGACUGGAUGCAAUCUAAACUGUGCACUGUCAAUGAAGUCAACGUGGAAGGCAUAGCACAGUUCCGGGCUUGCAUCGGAAUGCAGUGACAGCAUGGUCUGGCGCGUGCCCUUCUGCAGAUAUGCUACUUCCUGUUCCAGCAAGUGUAGUUCAAUAAAAUUUCUCCGACUUUAUGUACAUAACAGAC